AUGAGUUAAUAAUAAUACAAAGGAAAAUGUAAUUGCUCUUAUUGCUCAAGAUUUAGGUCAGUGUAGGAAAAAAAAGAUGGAGAUGAAAUAGAGGAAUCCAAAGAAAAUAAAUUUCCUUCAUAUAUCUAAAAUUAUUAAUAAAAUGAAAAAUUAAAAAGUUCAUAAGUAUAACAAGAUGAAAAUGACCAAAAUUAAAAUGUUUAAAAUAACCAAUAAGUAGAAAUCUAACAAAAUUAAAAUGAUUAAAAUAACCAAAAUAAUCCCUAAUAUGAUUAACCAGUUAAAUUUGAAGCAUAUAAUAAUAUAGAUAAUGAUUUAUAAAUGAUUAAAGAUUGGAUAGGUCAAUUUUCUAAUUUAAAAGCUGUUCAACGAUAAAACAAUGUCAAUCAUGAUUUUAUGCAAAAUUUUGUGACAUAAUACCCUACCUCUGAUUUAUCAUUACCAGAUAUUUCCUUUCAUUUCAAACCUGAUGGAUCAUAAGCUAUCCUCUUUAGCAUUUUCUGUAAACCUGAAAUACUAUAAAAGUGUGUAGCUAAAAGAAAUGAUAUAGCGGAAUUAUUUUAUGACUCAAUAGGUUUCACUAUACUUUUAGUUAUUAAGCCUAAAAUUGACUAUUAGAAUUUUGACUAAAAACAUUAAGAAUUUAAUUCUAAUGAGAUACCUCUGGAGGUUUUUAUUUCUAACAAGUUUGAGAAUUAAUAAAAGAUCUUGAACAAAAUAGGUUUGUAAACAAAACGAUAAAUCAAGGUAUUCCCUCUAAUCAAAAAUUUGAGACUUAGAAGAGAUUUAAAUGAAUUAUUUGAGUGUUUAGAUGAUAAAUUUGAAUUUAACUAUUCAAAUUGCAGCGAUCACUGUUUCGCUUACUACACUUAGUCAAACAAUUUAAAUUAGCUCCAAGGCUUAAUCAUAGGUCCACAAGACACUCCUUAUGAAGGAAUACCCUACACUGUUACUAUUGUUAUACCUGAUUAAUACCCUAUUAGCCUCCUAAAGUUACUUUCAACCAAUAAAUGGAGUACAGUGCUUACCAUUUAAAAAGUGCUUGUAAGUAUAGUCAGUUUACUUUAUGAAAAGAAUUUAGAUGAUGUUUAUAAUCACUAUGCAAAAACCCUAUAUCAAGAAGAUCCUGAAGAAUACAAAACCUUAAUUAAAAAACAAUCCAUAUUGCAAAACAGCCAAAAACUAUUAAUUGACUUCAAAUAAUUGGCAAAAGUACCCUUAAAUUAAUAAGAUGAAUAUGAAACUAAUGAUGGCUAUAAUAAUUAUGAAGGAUAUGAUGACGAUAACGUAUAUAUGGAUGAUGUAGAAGAUGAAUGA